AUGGCUUCCUCUUUGUCUGCGACACCUCUUGCUUCUUCUAUGGUCUCUCUUCCUAAUAUCUCCUAUGUUGUUUCUAUCAAAUUGGAUCGUACGAACAACAUCAUUUGGAAAGCUCAGUUCUUGCCCCUGUUGAAGAGUACUGAUUGGCAUAAACUUGAUCAACAACUGCUCAGUUGGAUUAAUUCUACCCUCACUCCUGGCGUGCUCUCUCAAGUUUCUCGUUGUCUUACAGCUCGUGAUCCCUGGAUCUCUUUGGAGAAACGUUUCAAUUCUCAGUCCCGUUCUCGUAUUCUUCAGUUGAAGCACCAGCUGCAAACCACCAAACGCGGUACCUCCUCCAUCACUGAUUUUGUCGAUCAAAUGACUGCUGUUGCUGAUAGUUUGGCUCUUGCUGGCAAACCCGUGGAUGAUGAUGAUCUUAUUGACCUUAUUCUCAAUGGUCUCAGACCGGCGUAUGAGAGUGUCGUCAACUCUAUUCAGUCUCGUGACCCUCCUAUGGCUCUUGAUUAUGUUAUUACCUUUUUAUUAACUGCUGAGACUCGUAUGGCUGAAUACACCCCUUCCAUGACGUCUGAUUCUACCACUCAAGUGUUUUAUGCUAAUCGUGGCCAUGGCUUUUCCAAUCGUGGGUCCUCCUUUUCCCUUGGUGGUCGUCGUGGCGGCUUCUCUGGCUCCCGUGGUGGUUUUUCUGGCCCCGGUUCUUCUCCUAGUCAAGGCAUCCUUCCUCUCCCUUAUCAGGCUCCCCUUUCCAUGCCCGUUGCUCUUAGCCAUGGUGGUUUCUCCUCUCCGUCUUAUGGUUCAUCUCCUGGUUUUAACGGUCGUUGA